CCUGCUUAGCUUGCGGGGCCGGCGGGCGGCGCUGCGGCGGCCCCUAGCGGCGGGCCGGGCGCUGCCCGCCAUGGAGGAAGCGGAGGGGACCGCGGAGCAGCAGCGGCGCUGCCGGGCGGGAGCCGAGCGCUCGCCGAGCCCCGGCCGCCUGGAUGUGAGCUCCAGCCGCUUCGACCCGCUGCUGGCGCUGUACUCGGCCCGCACGCCGCUGCCCUUCCCCGGCGCCCCGUGCUUCAACAACCUCGCCGAGUACGAGAGCUUCCAGCGCGGCCUGCUCCGCCCGCGGGGCCGCCGCCCCGCCGCCGCCGGCCCCUCCGCCCGCUCCGCCCGCCGCGGCCCCGCCGCCGCCGACCCCGAGCGCAUCCAGCGGCUCCGCAGCCUCAUGGUCAACGCCGGGCCCGAGCAGGAAGCAGCCGCGGGGGGAGCGGCGGCUCGGCGCAGGAGGGCACCGCGCAACGUCCUCACCAGGAUGCCCCUCCACGAAGGCAGCCCGCUCGGGGAGCUCCAUCGCUGUGUCCGAGAUGGCGUAAAAAUCAAUGUUCAUAUCCGCACUUUCAAAGGGCUUCGUGGAGUCUGCACAGGGUUUUUGGUUGCAUUUGACAAGUUCUGGAAUAUGGCCCUGACAGAUGUGGAUGAGACAUACAGGAAACCAGUGCUGGGCAAAGCUUUCUAUGCAGAACCUCAGCUCACACUCACCCGGCUGUUUGACAGGCUCAAACUGCAGGAGUCCUCAGUAAAGAAGGGAGCUGACUCAAAGACUGUCUCGGGGGAGCUGGCCCUGACAAAUGACUCUCAGACACUCGGAUGGAAAGCUGGAUCGGGACGAGGGAGAGCAGAAGAUGAGCGUGAGAGGCAUAAGCGCUUGGGCAGAGCAGGAGAAAAGAAGACACCAGGUGACAGCCUGCAUCUGGCAGUCAGAGGUGAAGCUGAUGUGGGGAGCGGGACUGCUCACACAGAGGGUGCCAGUGCUGGUGGUACCCGCACAAGAAGCCAGUCACGGAGAAAAAGGAGGCCCAAAGUGGAUUAUCAACAGGUGUUCACGCGUCACAUAAACCAGAUUUUUAUUCGAGGAGAGAAUGUCUUGCUUGUCCAUUUAGCACAUUAACUUGGCUGAGCCUUCAUCAGUGUAUUUAUUUGAUAGCAUGAAUUGCCGCUGCAGCUCUCAUUACGAUUUAGCGUUCUUGUUAAGUAUCAUGGUACUGUGACUGGUUUCCCAUUACCGUAACAAGGUAGGGGAAGUGUUUCUAACUGGAGCACCCUGAGCUUAUUGCCAAAGCAGCCUCCUUCAAUCUAUGCUGGGGGUCUCGGGACAAGGUCAGCAGCACAUUUUUCUUCUGUGAGACGAGGGAGGUAAACACAGACCCCACUGCUCCUUAAAAAGUAAAACGAAGCAAAGUCAAGAGGAUUGGUGGGGAGUUCUGAGGUAUUCAGUUAUAGGAGAUAAUUGUGGCAUACAUUUAAAGAGCUUAAGACUAGUUCACCUGGAAUGAAUCACAGAUGCUACUUGCCAUGUUCUGAGUAAUCUCAAGAGAAAAUAGCUAAUGAAACCAGCAGUUUAUCUACCACCGUUACGUGGAUGUCUUCUCUUCCAGACAUAAUUCUGACAGGCAUUUUGAAACAGUCUAUAAAAAGGUGGAGUGACAUACUACUGAUGGCUAUUAGCCUCCUCAUUGUUAGCUCUGUAAAGCCCUGUGUGAUAGAAGACCUCUUCCCCUAAUUGGACUGCUCUUUUUCUGUGAACGACUGUAGGAUUUUAACUUGUUUCCAGUAUCAAAGCUUACGCUUCUAUUUGUAAUGCCGUGCUUUUGCUGUGCAUCACCAGCAAGCAGCUAACGUAGCUGAUCCAGGGACCUCCUUUCAUGGAGUUUAUCUGUGAAUGCUGUGGGUGUGUAUGGGAAGUUGUACUUUUAUCUUGCACCCAUUUGGUUCUUAUUGUGAUAGUGAAGUUUACAGAGACGCAGUUUUUCUUCUCAGAUACAAGCAUUUGUGCUGAGCACAGUUGUACUGUAUCUAAGCGCCUUUUGAGUUCCCUCUAAUGAAACUAGAGGUGCUGUGUCUUCAGCUGUUCUCAGAAAGCAGAAAUCUUCACAAGUCUUUCCUCUCUGUAUGAAUGAUGCAUCACCUAAUUCCAGCUGUACUGAGCUUUGAAGGUGUGCCUAAAAUUGUUAUGAAGUAUAAAAGUCAAACUCAUUUCAUCAGUGGUUUUAUUUUAGCAUCGUUCUUAAGCUGCUGCAGAUCAGGUCAGGCUUCUGCAGGUAUAAGCUGCUUUCCAAGAGCUACAUGGAAAAGUUUGAGGGUACACGAAGCUGUUAAAUAUUAUCUGGUCUGUUCUCUUGGAUGUCAAAGGACACUAGAUUUCACACUGCUAUUCCUGUAUUCAUCUCAACCACCUUAGGCUUUGCAGCAGCUCCUGUCUUUAAGAUGAAGAUGUGAAAUUGCCAGGACAGUGGUUAGACGAGACAAUUGGUAGAAGAACUUUCUAGUGCUUUAUAGCAGGUCUUUUAUUGCGUUUUGAGGUUUUAAGUCCUCCAGCUAAGUGACUGUAUUCUUGAAAGACGUAUUUCUGUUGCUUCAAGUGCAGCAUAUUGCUUGCUUGUCAUUAGGAAUAUGUCUGGUGCUUGGGUGAAUUACAGAAAUCAUUUAGCAGGAGUUCGUGGACACGCAGAGCAGCUUGUAUGCCUCUGGGGGUGCCUGAAACUUUUAUGUCAAUGUUUCAGAUGACAUGGGGCUUGGAUGACUGAUCAGCUUAGCCCCUGAGCUGCAAACCCAAGUUCAGACUGGGACAAAAGUGCCUCAGCUUAAAAAGUACUGUAGAGGCAAAAAAAGAAUAUUUACAAUUUCUUAUACAUAGUUUUAUUGCUGUAAUCCCUUCAUACCAUGAACUGAAACUAGCCACUGAAAAGAUUCUUCCUUUGGAGGUUUUUGCUUCCUCUCCUUUUGUGCUAUUCUUGUUUGUAUGGUUGUGGUCUGCUGUUGUCCCACCUCCCCCUCCCGCCUUAUUCCCUUCUCCUUUCAGUAUUUUGUCUCCUCAGGAUGUUCCUUUCUAAACUCCGGUUUAGGAAGAUUGUUCUUUUAUUCACCCUUGUUUGUCCUGGUUUUCCGAACCUUUCCUGGUUGGCUUUCUGUGCGCUUGACAGCUGACCAGAAUCCUUCCAGUCCUUGGUAACAAUGACUUUAUUUCUGCUCCUGACUUCUCAGCAGCUUGUAUUGCAGAUGAGUGUUUUUCAUCAUUUUGGUUUUGGUUGUGUGUUGUGUUCUUUUUCCCCUGUGCUUUCUGACUGGUUUGGUUUGAUUUCAGUUUUAUGGGAUGACUGUCUUUGCCUCUUCCAUUCAUGAAUGCCAAAGGCUACUGGUUUUGACACCUGUCCUCUUUUGCACUUGACCAAAGGGUGUCAUAUCUCCCACUCAGGCCUAUGUACUAUGCUGUCCCAUUGGAUUCUUGCUUUUCUUUACCUCAGACUUCAAUUUGUCUUUGUCUGCCUAUGUUAUCCUUGUACAUUAAAUAAGAUACAGCUACCUUGAAUGUUCUUGCAGCUUUACUGUCCUCUUUCCUUGCCAGCUGAUACUUCACCAAGUUUGCAGUUUCUAUUAGAAGUCUCAGUGUUUCCUUUCAUCAGAAGGUUUUUCUCUUAAAUCUAACAAGUGUUUGUUGCUUCACAUCUACAAGUUAUUUUUUUAGGUUUUCUGAAAAAUGCUGGUGCUUAGACUUGCGUUUGUGCCUUGAUUUUUAUAUCCCGACUGACCCGUUCUUCCAAAGGUCAUCACCUUAGUCAACAAACCUGGUUAAGAACUAGACAGUUUGUCUGCUGUUCUGUUUUUUUUUCUCUACCUCAUUAUUGAAGUGUUCAUCCUCUCUUCUCAUUGUUUUCUUAUCUGUGGACUUGGUUAAAGUUCUCUCUUCUAUUUUAGGUUUAAUGGUUUGUUUGGUGGUUCUUCUUUUGUUUCCUACUUUCCUAUCCACCUCUCUCAGUAUUUCCAAGCUGCUUCCCAAAUACAGGCUCUUCUAUAACUUCAGAUCUUUCAAAGAGUCUUCCUGUUCCCUACUUUUUCUGAUACCGUAUCAUGUUAAGGCCCAUUAUCAAAAUGCUGUUUUAUGAACUUCGUCUCUUUGAAACACAGUAUUUGAUUGUGACUAAGCAAGUGAUCCUGCAUGUGUGUUGUCACUUGCAUGUUUCAUACUACAGAUAAAGUUGCUCUUUAAAUAAAAUUGAAUGUGAUGUUCUGAA